GGGACUUUUCGAAUGGGUUCGCCGGUAGCGUUAAAAGCAGCGCGCACACCUGCCUGCUUCUGAAAAUGCGGGUAUGGCGGUGAAAACUGUUCGAAUGAUCAUUCCACCGGUAAAUGUUCUGUCAGUAUUAUUGCCUUCUGGUGUUCCAGCUGAUCCUAUGCGUUAAAUAUCAAAAGAGAUAAUCGCCCGAGGCAGAAGAGUAAAUUUUCAACAAUGAGUUUUGAUCCGAAGAAUCUGAGUUUGUUGUCAAUAUGACUGCUUGUCUAUGGUGUUGUUGUUUUAAUGUUUAUGUUUUGGGAAUGAACUCAAAGCAGUUUUGAAAGGUCAAGUAUGUUCAUGAAGUUAAUUGAUGAUUGAAUCUUACAAAUGACUUGAAAUAUUGGGAAGAAAACUCAACACAAUUGAAUUUGCAAAGAACGGUUAUUUCAAAGCUUUCCAUUGGAAAAUACUGGCUGAAGUAUGCCUAAAAUAAUGAAAUUAUUGAAUGCAUUAUGAUGUUUAAAGUAACAUCGAAGCUGUUAAAAUAAGCUUUAUAAUAAUAAGUCCAAAAAUUUUCAGCAAGAAAAAAUUAAUCUCAAAAUUUUCAAUAUUUUACUGCUAUUUGAAUACGAUCAACUGCAAUGAACCGAAAUUGCGAAAAUGUGCAUUGUUUCUAUGCUUCAAAACUAAAAUAUUGAAAUUUAUUUUUCAUUUAUUCAAUUGAUUUUCAAUUAAUUUUUCUCCUAGAUUCAUAACUCUAAAAAACUGACAAAAUCAUUGAAUCAUUAAAUUUCGGUUUUGGGACUUAAGUUUUCACGUUUCUCUAAAAAGGUUUGAACUGAUUAAAUGCACAAACAAACUCAUUGAAAUAAAAAUAUGCAACAAUAAUACAUGCAUGAAGUUUUUAUGUAAAUUGAUGAGCUACAUACAAUUAAGAGAACUGAAUCAAUAAUUAUUUAAUUAAUGUUCAAUAGUUCUACAAUUUCCUGCAAAUAACAAAAAUCGUUAAGUCCUAAAUUUGUAUGUUGCCACUUUUCCUAGAAAUUUUAAAUAUGAAUUAGUGGAACGAACAUGUGACGAGCAACGCCAUUUGAAAAACCCUUUCGAAUAAAAUAUGCGAAGGGUGAUAAAAGUAUCCAUUUCAAGGUUGACAGUUGAACUGCUGCAAUUUGAGCCUUUUGAACUAAUUUCGAAAGAAUCAGAAGUGGACAUCCGAGCCGGCGAAUGUUUGAAACGUUCCAAACGGCUGACAGUGGGCAAUCAAAUUAGCUAAACUACAUGAUGCCAGAUCUGAAUCAUGGUCAGAACUUCUUAAGAAAUUCUUCAGAUUCGAACGAUCAAGUAAUAUCAUCGCACGGCUUUGCUAUAAAAUUCAGCAGUUCCAAGCAAUUUUCUUUCUGCCUAAGUCAUCUGCGAAAGAAAACGGAGGAAAGUUUAUCUCUGUUUGAGAGAUAAAGCAAAGAUUUUUCUUUGAAGAAAGAAACUGUUCGCAAAAUGAGAGAAGAGAGACCUGCUCUAUCAUCUGUGUUUCAACAACAAAAUGCUCUUUCAAAACAUUUAUUAUGAUCUAACAGCUUCAUAAAGUCAUACUAUAAUCAUGCCUCGUUUACGCAUUAGAAGAUUGCUGUUGACUCUAUUUAUUGUGGUGUGUUCUACAUUCCUUGUGCUGAAUCUCACCUCAAAUUCUCAUCAGGCAAUGUUGAUUGCUGCCAAAACUGGAGACCGUGAAUUACCAGCUAUGUUUGAAUUCGGUGCAGGCAGAAGGCCGAAGUUUGAAAACUCUCCAACUACAUCCACUCAAAAUGCAGUCACAACAGAAAAAUUACAAAAGUCUGAUUCCAGAAAAUCGUCUUUUAGUCGUCCAAAGAGAAUGGAACCGAAUCACCAUCAUAUGGAAAGGAAAGCAAACAUGAUGGCUGGACCAUUAGUAAUUGAUUCUAAUCAACCAAUAACAAAACUUUGGUUUAUGAAAGGUGGUGGAGUGAGGCCCCAACCCGCAGCUGCGUAUUCGAAACCACUUUUAUGGCCUGAACAAGAUUCAGGAGACAGAAUUGUUGAACAACUUAUGUAUGUUCCUCCCAACUACACUUCAAGUUGGAACUUCUCAGCGCCGACUUCGAUGGUGGCUACCAUGUCUCAAAAGCAAAAGCUGAAGAAGAUACUUCUGUACUUUGGCAAGGGCGGCUGGAACGACUUGCCUCUUGGCAGAACAGUUUUUCUCAGGGAUAAAUGUCCGGUCAAUACGUGUGAACUGACGACUUCGCUAAAAGAUGCAGAAAAUGUAGAUGCCCUUUUCUUCAAAGACCGAUUUCUUUGGCCAUUCUACAAAAGGAGACCGAAUCAAGUCUGGAUAUUGUUCCUCCUUGAGUGUCCACUUCACACUCAAGCUUUCAAAAACCUCAAAGAUGUGUUCAACUGGACAGCAACUUACAGGCAUGAUUCAGAUCUAGUCGCACCAUAUGAAAAAUUUGUUCCUUACAACAUUAGUUGGAAUAUACCAAUCAACAAAAAUGAAAUUAUUGGUGAUACUACCAACUAUGCAGGCAACAAGACUAAAAAAGUGGCAUGGUUCGUGUCAAACUGUAACGCCAAAAAUAAGAGAUUAGAGUAUGCUAAAGAGUUGGGCCAGCAUAUAGAGGUGGACAUUUAUGGGUCUUGUGGCAAUAAAAAGUGUCCACGUACACUGACACAUAAGUGUUUCCGAAUGCUGGACAAGGACUACAAGUUUUAUUUAGCUUUCGAGAACUCUAAUUGCAAGGACUACAUUACGGAAAAGUUUUUCAUAAACGGACUUAGUCGCAAUAUCGUCCCUAUUGUGAUGGGAGCUCGACCAGAAGAUUAUGCAAGGGCAGCUCCACCCCAUUCUUACAUCCACGUCGAUGACUACGCUUCACCAAAAGAAUUAGCAGAGUACUUGAACAUUCUGGACAAGAAUGAUACUCUAUACAACGAGUACUUCAGGUGGAAGGGCACAGGAGAGUUUGUCAACACUUAUUUCUGGUGUCGGAUGUGCGCCAUGCUGCACGCACCACCCUAUUACAAAUCGUAUCCCGACAUGCACCGCUGGUGGGCAGGUGCUGGCACCUGUAAUGCCGGACAUUGGCGGCAUCAAACCCCGAAGAAGCCUCAGCAACAAGUGGGAACUACUGAAAAUAUUAAAGAUGAUAAUGGUUAAAUAAAGAUAUACACCAAACAUGAAUUUAUAUAUGUCAUAAUGAUUCUGACUUGAUGCACUAAUUCAGCUAAAGCUGAAUAUUUCCGUGUGUGAUGUCAUGCGUUUAGGCAGAGCACAUUGUGUCAUAGCAGAAUGUUAGGGUACAUUGCUGUACAUAUUUGCACUCGCGACAAAUCCCACCGCAAAGUGAUUUUUUAUUUAAAUAGAAAUGUCAACUGAACAGAAGUGGAAAGCAUUCAAAAUUGGUUGAUGUUUAAUGAAGGUAAGCAUUCCCUGCAUGAAUAAAACUGCAUUCCUCGAUUUGUAGAUUUUCCAGCGAUGUUAAAACAUUCCAUGUGUGUCUUUUAUUUGUUAAGGGCCGUAUUGUGCAGUGACGAGAAGCAAAAAAUUUGGCAAAUGUAGAUAUUUUGUAACAUCAAACAUGACGUCAUCCCAGUGAAAACGAAGACACUAUUUUAAGCUAUUCAUAAUUGGCAGGAAACCAAAAAUUUAAAAUAGUCCACAAAAACUUGAAGAUGAUACAUUUGUUUACUUAUGUAAGACAUCAAUAUUUAAUUGCGAUUUGUUUGGAAUCCUAAUAAUAAUAAUUUGCAGAUACAGUAGAGCCUCAAUUAAAUGAAAUAAUGUAGACGGAUCAACUUUGAAAAAUCAAAAAUUCCAGUACUUGAAAGUGCUUUAAUUAGCUCUUACAAACUUAAACUUUUGACAGAAAAAUGUAAGCAUUUUUUAAAUAACUGGUAAAGAUGAACUUUGCAAAUUCAUUCCCUAUUGUUAUAAACAACAUAUUUUUUUCUUAACAAAUGUCACAAAAUACAGAAAAUGCUUUAAUUUCGAAGACAUAAUCUAGUAAAUUUAUUGUAUAACUAAUAAUUCCUCAUGUCCUCUUAUUUAGUAUUUAACAUGAAUACUCUCUGAAAACAAAUGGCAAAACAAUGCAAUUCUUCAGCUUUCAAUUCAAUCUGUUUCAAAUUAAACAACAGUUUUAAAACUAGAGUCAUUUAUAAUGUUCCGAAAAUGUACUGCUGGGUGUGGUAAAAAACGAAGCAGGUGACAGAACUGCACAAAUGAUUUGGUGUUUGCAAUAGGAGUGGCUGCCUAUAAUGAGUAUAAAUUGGUACUGUUUAUUUGCGAAGAAAAUAGUAAUAAUAGUUAAAAAUUAUAUUUAAGAAAAACAAAGUUGUUUUAACACAUUUUAUAUAAAAAACGUUUCUGAUAAUCGAGGUUCUACUGUACUCUAAUAGAUAUAAGAAGAAAUGUAAUAACUAUUAUUUAUAUGCUUAUUGUAUGUUUGAAGUAAAAUGUAAGCUCGUUUUGAGCAUUCCCUUUCAUUUUGAACCUUUGUAUCCAUAAAAAAAGAAAAUGUACACAUUUAUUUACAGGUUUUGACUUGUAAAUAAAAGCAUAAA